UUAACCCACCCCCCUGCAGAUUUAAGCGGCUGGGAGCUGGGAGUGGAGGCAAUUCUCUCCUCCAGCAGGAGCACGCCUCAUGAGCCAGCCCCACCCUCAGAAAAGAUGAUUUCCCUGAGGAUCGUCUGCCUGGUCCUGAGUGUGCUGGGCACAGUAUGGACUACGGAUACGGAUACCGAUGAAGGCGAUUUUUUAGCUAAAGGAGCAGAUGUGCGAGGCCCAAGACUUGUGGAAAAACAUCAGUCUGCCUGCAAAGAUUCAGACUGGCCCUUCUGCUCUGAUGACGACUGGAAUAACAAAUGCCCUUCUGGCUGCAGGAUGAAAGGGUUGGUUGAUGAAGUCAAUCAAGAUUUUACAAGCAGAAUAAAUAAGCUCAGAAAUGCACUAUUUGAUUAUCAGAAGAACAAUAAGGAUUCUAAUUCAUUAACCAGAAAUAUAAUGGAAAUUUUGAGAGGGGACUUCGCCAAAGCCAAUAACUAUGAUAAUGCAUAUAACCAAGUGUCUGAAGACCUGAGAAGCAGAAUUGAGGUGCUAAAGCGCAAAGUGAUAGAAAAAGUACAACAUAUCAAACUUCUGCAGAAUAAUGUCAGGUCUCAACUGGUAGAAAUGAAACGACUGGAGGUGGACAUUGACAUUAAGAUCCGAUCUUGCAAAGGGUCAUGCAGUAGAGCGUUAGUUCAUCAGGUAGAUCUAAAGGACUAUGAAGACCAACAGAAGCAACUUGAACAGGUCAUUGCCCAAGACUUACUUCCCUCGAGAGACAGGCAACACUUACCACUGAUAAAAAUGGACCCAGUGUCAGACUUCGUUCCUGCAGAUUACAAGAGCCAGCUUGAGACAGCCCCUCCAGAGUGGAGGGCCUUGACAGAAGUGCAGCAGCUGAGAAUGGUGCUAGAGAGGCCUGAUGGAGGCGAGAAUGACCGGGGAGAUUCUGUGCCUCAUGGCACAGGAUCAGAGAGAGAAAGGCCCAGGAAACCUAGUAGUGCUGGAAAUUGGAACCCUGAAAGCUCUGGGCCUGAGAAUACUGGGAACUGGAAACCUGGUAGCUCCACAUCUGGUGGCACUGGACCCUGGAGCUCUGGGAGCUCUACAUCUAGUAGCACUGGACAGUGGAGCUCUGGGAGCUCCACAUCUGGUGGUACUGGACAGUGGAACCAUGGAAGCUCCACAUCCGGAGGUUUUAGGCCAGAUAGCUCAGGCUAUGGGAGCUCCAGGCCCACAAACCCAGACUGGGGCACAUUUGAAGAGGUGUCAGGAAGUGUAAGUCCAGGGACAAAGAAAGAGUACCACACAGGUAAACUGGUCACUUCUAAAGGAGAGAGAGAGUUCCUGACUGGGAAUGAGAAGGUCACCUCUGGUAGCACAGCCACUAUGCGUCGCUCAUGCUCUAAAACUGUUACUAAGACUGUUAUAGGUCCUGAUGGAAACAAAAAAGUGACCAAAGAAGUGGUGACCUCCGAAGAUGGUUCUGACUGUGGUGAAGCCACAGAGUUUGCUGGCCUGGGUAGCCUGGAUGAUUUCCGCCUAAGGCACUCUGACGAAGCUGCUUUCUUUGGUACUUCCUCAACUGGAAAAACAUUCCCAAGUUUACUCUCACCUAUGUUCAAAGAGUUUAACAGUAAGACCCAGUCAAUGGAUUCAGUACCUGACACCUUGACAGACUCAGAGGGCACCAGCUCUCGUCACUUUGGUAUGUCUGAGUUUCCUUCCAGUAGUAAAACUUCAAGUCACAGCAAGCUUGUAACCACUAGCACCGUCUACAACAAAGGAGGCUCCACGUUUGAAACCAAGAGCUAUAAAAUGGCAGAUGAGGCCGGGAGUGAAGCUGGCCUGGAAGACCUCAGAGGAGCUCAGGGCACCAAGCGAGGCCACUCGAGAGCUCGCCCAUCCAGAGACUGUGAUGAUGUCCUCCAAACACAUCCUUCAGGUGCCCAAAGUGGCAUUUUCAAUAUCAAGCUACCGGGAUCAAGUAAGAUUUUUUCUGUUUAUUGCGAUCAAGAGACCAGUUUGGGAGGAUGGCUUUUGAUCCAGCAAAGAAUGGAUGGAUCACUGAAUUUUAACCGGACCUGGCAAGACUACAAGAGAGGUUUCGGCAGCCUGAAUGACAAGGGGGAAGGAGAGUUCUGGCUAGGCAAUGAUUACCUCCACUUACUAACCCAGAGGGGCUCUGUUCUUAGGGUUGAAUUAGAGGACUGGGCAGGGAAAGGGGCUUAUGCAGAAUAUCAUUUCCGGGUGGGCUCUGAGGCUGAUGGCUAUGCCCUGCAGGUGUCCUCCUAUGAGGGCACAGCGGGGGAUGCUCUGAUUGAGGGCUCUGUAGAGGAGGGAACAGAGUACACGGCUCACAACAACAUGAAGUUCAGCACCUUUGACAAGGAUGCAGACCAAUGGGAAGAGAACUGUGCAGAGGUCUAUGGAGGAGGCUGGUGGUAUAACAACUGCCAAGCUGCCAAUCUCAAUGGCAUCUACUACCCUGGGGGGUCCUAUGACCCCAGGAACAACAGUCCUUAUGAGAUUGAGAAUGGAGUGGUCUGGGUCCCCUUUAGAGGAGCAGAUUAUUCCCUCCGGUCUGUUCGCAUGAAAAUCAGGCCCCUGGUGAUCCAGUAGGCUGACAGGGUGGGAUGGGAUCCGGAGAGUUCUGCUUUCUUUGUUUAGUGAAGUGGAGAGAAAAUAAGGAAAGUAAAGGAGUCAAGAUUCUUUACAGCUUGCCAAAAAAUCCCAGGUGCUAUUUCAUUAUUCUUUGUACUGUAGCUAAAUGUAACUGAGACAUGGUAGUGCUUUGAAAAAUAAAGUUAUAUGAGUUU